AUGUCCAAUCCAUCUAGGCCAAUACCCCACUCUGUUUCUGUAAUCGAAAAUUUUGCCGACUUCUACGAGUCCUGGCUCACAACUCAACGUAGCCUCCUCGAGCAACUUCUCCACGUUUCCCAAAUCACCGAUUACAAGGAGGAGCGCCAAUUGGGUUUAAUCAAACAAGUUUUAGCUCAUUACCAGCUUUACCACGAGGAAAUUUCCAAAGCCGUCAGCGAGGAUGUGUUCAGGACGUUUUCAGCCCCUUGGUUGACUUCGUACGAGAGGACUCUGCUUUGGAUUUCUGGAUUUAAGCCGUCGAUUGUGUUUCGAUUGGUGGACAGUGCGGUUAAGGAUUUGACGCCUGCGCAAGCAGCGUCUCUGGAGGAGUUGAAGGCCGACGUCAAGCGGAAGGAGAGGGAUUUGACGGAGGCAAUGGCUAGCCUACAAGAGACGGUAGCAGCACCACCACUUGUGGGGCUGGCACGGCGUGCAGGGAGAUUGGUGGAUGGAGAGAUUUGCGAAAUGAAGAAUGCAAUUGAGGAGCUUAAAAUUGGAAUGUUGGGGGUUUUUUACAGUGCCGAUUUGCUUCGUGGGUCGACAAUGAAACGGGUUAUGGAGAUUCUAAAAACUGAUCAAACACUAAGGCCUUUAGCAGCAGCGACCGAGUUUCAACAGCGAAUUAGACGGUGGGGCAUCCAGAGAGAUUCACAGAGAACAAGAACAAUAUGA